AUGCCACCCUACAAGCAUCUCUGCGCGGUAGUCGCUCUGGCAGCCCUCCUCAUACCGGGAAGCCGUGGGGCGACCUUUGAUGGCUCUCGCUACCUCUGGUACGACACGCCCGGUACACGAUUCAACGCAAGUCUUCCAGUCGGUAAUGGCCGUUUGGGCGGAACGCUCUACUGCCUCCCGACAGAGAUUGUCACCUGGAACGAAGACUCGGUCUGGAGUGGUACCUUCCAGGAUCGAGUGAACUCAAACGCCCUAGACGGGUUCCCUAAAGUCCGAAACCUCCUGGUCAAUGGAAACAUCACGGCUGCAGGGGAAUUGGCUUUGUCAGAUAUGACCGGGUCGUCUGUAGACCAGCGCGAGUAUCAGGUUCUGUCGAACCUGUAUGUUGAUCUUGGCCAGAGGGGGGAUGCAACGAAUCUGGUCUGGUACCUUGAUACUCUUGAAGGAUACACAGCUUGCGAGUAUGGGUUUGAUGGCGUGAGCUACACUGUUGCAAAUGGCAUCGCCUCGAUCGUGAUGAAAGCCCGCACGGGAGAGGCGGAUUACUCUACCUUUACUGCAGGGGUGAGAGUGGUCGUUGAUGGAGGCAACGUGACUGCCAAUGGGGACAAACUGUAUGUGACAGGCGCGACGACUGUGGUCUUCUUCCUCGACGCAGAGUCGUCCUAUCGGUAUGCGACAGAUAGCGACCAAGAGACGGAAUUGAAUCGGAAGCUCGACGCUGCCACCGAGCUGGGCUACGAGGCACUCCGUAAGGAGGCAAUUACAGAUCACAAAGACCUUGCGGGCCGGGUUACUCUUGACUUGGGUUCCUCAACUGAUGACGCUGCUUCGCUGCCACCAAACGAGCGCAUGACGAACUACAGAUCAUCUCCAGACCAUGACGUUCAAUUUGCGACUCUCGUGUUCAAUUACGGAAGGCAUCUGCUGAUCGCCUCAUCUCGCAGGACCAGAGAGCGGUCGUUGUCCCCUGGCUUGCAAGGGAUCUGGAACCAGGACUACAGCCCAUCCUGGGGUGCGAAAUACACGGUCAACAUCAACCUCGAGAUGAACUACUGGCCUGCAGAAACGACUAAUCUGAACGAACUGACUUCCCCACUGUGGGAUCUUCUCGCACUUAUCCAGGAGCGCGGGGGAGACGUGGCGGAGAAGAUGCAUGGGUGCCCGGGGUUCGUGCUGCACCAUAAUACCGAUCUCUGGGGAGAUUCCGUGCCCGUUCACAAUGGAACGAAGUAUUCAAUCUGGCCGAUGGGGGGCGCUUGGUUGGCUCUUCACAUGAUGGAACAUUACCGGUUCACCGGCGACAAGACAUUCCUCAAGGAGCAGGCGUGUCCGAUCUUCAAGAGUGCGUUUGAGUUUUUUGAAUGCUACCUCUUCGAUGUGGAUGGAUACCUGACUACCGGACCCUCGUGCUCACCGGAGAAUGCGUUCCAGAUUCCCUCGGAUAUGACGGUCGCAGGAAAAGAAGAGGCACUGACAAUGAGCCCGACACUGGACAACAGCAUGCUAUUCGAAUUGCUGACUGCGCUGAAUGAAACGCACCAAAUCCUCGAAAUCGACAACGACCUGUCAGGCUCCGUGCAAACGUACUUGGGCAAGAUCAGACCUCCGCGAAUUGGCUCAGAUGGGCAGAUCCUCUAA